UACAGAGACUCCCUCUGCUUCCGCAGCUUUCUCUCUAUUUCACGUCCCUCAUUUCCUCAUUAUUUCAUCUGGGUGUCGCCUAAUAUCACUCAAAGCAGCUCAAUUACUUCCCCAAAUCGAAGUUCUUGUCGGUCGGAAGCUGAAACCAUGACGGUUGAGCCAAGAGUUGAUGACCCAAAUGACCAAUUUCCGGUUGGAAUGCGUGUUCUCGCCGUCGACGACGACCCCACUUGUCUUUUGAUCUUGGAGACUUUGCUUCGCCGGUGCCACUAUCAUGUCACUACGACCAAUCAGGCUAUUAUGGCACUCAAGUUAUUGAGAGAUAACAAGAACAAGUUUGAUGUGGUUAUCAGUGAUGUCCACAUGCCUGACAUGGAUGGAUUUAAGCUGCUUGAGCUUGUGGGGCUGGAGAUGGACCUUCCUGUUAUUAUGCUGUCUGCAAAUGGAGAUCCCAAACUUGUGAUGAAAGGGAUAACUCAUGGAGCAUGUGAUUACUUGCUGAAACCUGUUCGCAUUGAGGAGCUAAAGAACAUUUGGCAGCAUGUUAUCAGGAGAAAGAAAUUUGAUCCAAAGGAUCAGAUGAAAUCUAUCAAUCAGGCCAAGCUUGAUUCUGAGAAUGGUGAAGAAGUAGCUGAUCCAAAUGGGAAGUUUAAGAAGAAAAGGAAGGAUCAAAACUAUGAUGAGGAUGAUGACCAGGAUUAUAACGGGCAAGAGGACGAUGACUCGUCGACCCAGAAGAAGCCUCGUGUUGUUUGGUCUGUCGAGCUGCAUAGGAAGUUCGUAAAUGCUGUUAACCAGUUGGGCAUAGAUAAGGCAGUGCCCAAAAAGAUUUUGGACUUGAUGAACGUUGAAAAGCUCACAAGAGAAAACGUUGCUAGUCAUCUUCAGAAAUAUAGGCUUUAUCUCAGGAGAAUCAGCUGUGUAGCAAACCAACAAGCUAACAUGGUGACUGCAUUGAGCAGCGCCGACCCUUCGUAUAUGAGACUUGGUUCUCUUAACGGUAUCGGGAAUUUCCAUUCCGUCACUGGACCUCCACCGUUUCCCAACACUGCUUAUAGAUCUAUCCCGACCACCGGGAUGCUCGGUCGAUUGAAUACUCCUGCUUGUAUGGGCAUGAAUGGCCUUUCUUCCCCGGGAACCGUUCCACUGGAGUCUACAUUUCAGCCAAGGCCCCGCAGUGCGAAUAUGUUCCGGGGAAUGCUAGAGUCAUCAGGACUUGAUCGAGUACAACAUGUUAAGCACGGCACCGUGGACGAUCUCGCUCGUGCUUUUGAUCAGAGAACAGUGUUUUCUGCUGCUGGUCAUUUGAGUAAUGACCCCUUGAUUUCAGUAGUAUCUGCAAGCUUGGAAAGUUCACGUCCUUCGGUAGAUAGUAUUCGAUGCACGGGUAACGAUUGGUCGAAGGCUGCUCGUUCAUCUAGGAUGCUCUUGCAUAUAGGAAAUUGUGUUUCUGACAUUGCUUCAAAAUCUACUCAAUCCCAUGAUUCAAGAACAGAUACUCAACGUCAAGCAGCCACGAGUAGCAAUCGAUAUGAUCGAGUAAUCACAAAGGUUCCCGUUCAAGAUUGGAAUGAUCUAGAGGACGCCUAUUACGACACGACCGUGGCCUGUAGCUCAUCGAAUUCAUUCAUACCAGUGAAUCGUGCUGCAGGGACGUUACCAAAGCGUUUCGAAAAUCAGAACACAAUCUUCUCUAGAAGCAAGGAUUUUAACGUGAUUAGUCGAGCAAAUGAUCUCGAUCGUGCAAUGGUGGAUCACGAUCAAUUCAAGAAAUCGUCUAUCGAGACAUCGAUCAUGUUGAAACAAGGAGUUUUGUAUGAUCAUCAGCAAAAAAUGCAAGCUAGAUUUUGUUCAAGUAACUGUGGUUCCUUGGAAGACAUAGCAUGUGCAAUGAUGAAACAGGUACAAGAUGAUGCAAAAUUAUUGGAAGGAGAUUUUGGAUGUGAUAAUUUUCCUAUUGGAACGUGCACGUGCUUGUGAAACCGACCUACUCGAACAAAGGGUCCUCGACUCGGACUGCCAGCGUUAUCUAGUUUUGCGUCGAGCGGAUUUCAAUGUAUUUAGUCCCUGCAGGUUUAGCUCUCUGAUCAUGUUCUUAUUUAGCUUUCUACAUAGUCUGUUUUCCUGUUUGGCAGAGCAGAAGUACUGAAGGAAGUCUCUUUUUCAUUUUGAUUCCAUGACUGUUUAUUGCCUUUAAUGUUGGCCAACAAUUGUACAUUGUAAUUCAUAUGGGUAAUGAUUUUGCUUUCUCUCG